UCAAUAUGGAGAUCAGAGAUCCUGACGGAAGGAGGAAUCCAUCAAAUCCCUUUCAGGAGCUGUUCUCCGGGAGGAUCCUUCAGGAAGAUCCAAGUCAGGACACCUCAGAAGUGAAACGUGGAAUGACGCGUGGCCUUUAUGGUAGUGCUGAAACAGUGGAUGAAGCAGCUGAAACUCAUGUAAUAAUGGGAAGGAAAGUGAGGAUUCUGGGGAACCAUUCCUAAUGAACACCUCUGGAGACAGAACAGAGAAACCUGCAGUGCAGAUGAAACUCGAAAGCUAUGAGAGAAGCCACUCAAAUGAUUGGAAAGAGGAAAGUUCAUCUUCCAUUGAUGCUCCAAUGCAAGACUUUCUUGCUGAAUGUGGAAAGAUAAAGAACAAAGAUUUUGGGGAAAGUACAAGACCUUUCAGUGGUAAAUUAGAUGUAAACGAACAUUAUCCAACCAAAACAAAAGGAAAUGAUUAUAUAUGUACAGACAAUGGAAAAAAUUACAAUUGUACUUUCAUUCCUUCUCAUGGAACUGGAUCCCUUACCUCUCCUAAAAUGAUCCACACAGCAAAAAAGCCAUAUAAAUGUAUGGAGUGUGGAAACAGCUUCAGUCGAAGGAGUUACUUUACUUCCCAUAAAAGAAUCCACACAGGGGAGAAGCCGUAUAAAUGUGUGGAGUGUGGAAAGACCUUUAUUCAGAGCAGUCACCUUACUUCCCAUAAAAGGAUCCACACAGGGGAGAAGCCAUAUAAAUGCAUGGAGUGUGGAAAGUGCUUUACAAAUAGCAGCCACCUUACUUCCCAUAAAAAGAUCCACCUGGGGGAGAAGCCAUACAAAUGUUCAGAGUGUGGGAAGGCGUUCUGUGAAAAUUCAUCCCUUAUGAGACAUAAAAGGAUCCACACAGGAGAAAAACCGUAUAAAUGUGUGGAGUGUGGAAAAGUCUUCAGUCAAAAUAGUUCUUUUACUUUCCAUAAAAUGAUCCAUGCAGGGAAAAGACCAUAUAAAUGCAUGGAAUGUGGAAAAACCUUUAUUCAAAGCAGUAAUCUUACUUGUCAUAAAAGGAUUCACACGGGGGAGAAGCCAUAUAAAUGCAGAGUGUGUGGAAGGUCGUUUACUAACAGCAGUGAUCUUAUUUCCCAUAAUUGGAUCCAUUCAGAGGAUAAGCCAUAUAAAUGCAUGGAGUGCGGAAAGACCUUUAUUCAAAGCAGUCAUUUUAAUUCCCACAAAAGGAUCCAUGCAGGAGAGAAGCCAUAUAAAUGCAUGGAGUGUGGAAAGGGCUUCAGCUACCACAGUACUCUUACUUCCCAUAAAAGGACCCAUACAGGAGAAAAACCUUAUAAAUGUCUGGAAUGUGGAAAGAGCUUCUGUGAAAGCGGGUCUCUUACUGUUCAUAAAAGGAUCCACUCAGGAGAGAAGCCGUAUACAUGUAUGGAGUGUGGAAAGAGCUUCUGUGAAAGUGGAUCGCUUACUGUUCAUAAACGAAUCCACACAGGGGAGAAGCCAUAUGAAUGUGUAGACUGUGGAAAGGGCUUCUGUCAAAAAGCUUCGCUUAUGAGACAUACAAGGAUUCACACAGGAGAGAGGCCAUAUAUAUGCACGGAGUGUGGAAAGGGCUUUACUAAUAGCAGUCAUCUUAAUUCCCAUAAAAGAACUCACACGGGGGAAAAGCCAUAUAAAUGUCCAGAGUGUGGAAAGGGCUUUACUAAUAGCAGUCAUCUUAAUUCCCAUAAAAGAACUCACACAGGGGAGAAGCCAUAUAAAUGCCUGGAGUGUGGAAAAGGCUUUACUCAGAGGGGUAAUCUUAAUUCUCAUAAAAGGAUUCACACAGGAGAAAAGCCAUACGAGUACGCGGAACAUGGAAAGAGCUUCAGGAUGACCAAUGACCUAAUUUCUCAUACACAGAUCCAUUUGGUUAGGGAUACUCAGUGGAAUGAGAAUGAAAGCGACCCCAGUGUGCUGACAUUGCAAAUGAUCAAGCAAGGGGCACCUUUGGAAAUCACUGAGGACCAAAAGAACAUGAAAUCAAGAAACAUUAUUACAAAAAGCUGUUUCAGCUCCUCCUGAACAAAUAGACAGGAAUGAGAAUGGGAACCUCCUCUGGGAUGUGAAGACACCUAAAAAACAAUCCAAUACGCAUCCAUGGUGUAGAAUUGAAACCUAAGGCAACCAAUAUGAAUGCAGAAGUAUGGAAUCUUUUUCAGUCAAAAGUCUCUCAUGAUAUGGGAAUAUUGUCACAUAUGUAUAAAUACAGAGUGUGAAGGGCUUCAGGAUGAAGAAUUCUUUUUACAAAGGUGUCAGAAUGACGAGAAGCCCCCAAAAUACAUAUACGAAAAACUUUUUCAAACAUUAGGGCCUUAUUUCCUUUGUAUGUGGACUAAGAUGUCUACAUUUGAUGUCAAUAAAGUCAAUUAAACAUCAAUGACAUGGUUACUUUCCAGGCAUGUAUUAAAUUCUUUUUGGCUGUAUUAAUUAGCAUCCAGUAAGUACGAAGUAGGAUUUUAACUUUGUACACUAAAACAGUUUACAUUUGUACAAUAAAGCAGCUUUU